UGCUCUACGCUUGUCAGAGGGCGGUGGAGAGUUGUCCGCGUCUUCUUUUCUUCCUCUCUCCUUUGCUUUGUUUUUGUUAAUGUUGUCUGCUGCUGGAAAAGCAAAUGCAAUGGCGUGUGCUUGAAACUGAUAAAAACACUGUAGAUUCGGUUUUAUAAUGUUGGGAAAAUACACCUGAAGCGGUCAGUUAACUGUGCAUCAAGUGCAACUGUAAUCGCCUCAAACGCAAUGUACGUUGAGACUUACUAAUGUCCGUGUCUUACCUUAGCCAGCGCGGAAAGACCACUUUGCAUUGCAAUGGCAAGGGCUAUGCCUGGACCUGAAAACACCAGAGGAAGAGGUGACGAUCCCGAUACCCUCGGGGCCAAAGCAUGGGGCCUCGACAGUGGAGAAGGAGGAAGCUCUUACGUCCCCAUCGAACCCGACGGCAGAGCCUAUUACGAUGAAGUGGGCAGCCUCAAGUUCUAUCCGCCUCUGUACCGCCAGAGAUAUGAGACUGUCAAAGGGAUUUUAAAUGACAAGAGAUGGUCUCCUCCCUUCUCAUCGGUGGUUGAGUUUGGCUGUGCAGAGCUUGCCAUGUUUCCUUAUUUCAAACAACUUGCCAAUGUCACAAAAAUCAUCAUGGUUGACAUUGAUGCUGAUCUUUUAGAAUACAAUGCUUGCCGAGCUUCACCCUUGACAUUUGAUUACCUGUGUCCACGGGCGACUCCGCUGCAUGUUGAAGUCCUUUGUGGAAGUGUUGCAGAUUGUGAUGCUCGAUUGCAAGGAGCAAAUGCUGUUGUUUGCAUUGAAUUAAUUGAGCAUUUGGAGAUGGAUAUUGUUGAAAAGUUAGGAGAAACCAUUUUUGGAUUUAUUGAACCGGAAAUUGCAAUAUUCACAACUCCAAACUCAGAUUUUAAUGUAUUAUUAAAUGGUUUAGAUGGAAAGUUCAGACAUUAUGACCACAAAUUUGAAUGGUCAAGGAAAGAGUUUCAAGACUGGACAAACAAAAUCACAUCAUGUUAUCCUCAGUAUCAAGUUGAAAUUAGUGGUGUGGGUGUUCCCCCCCAGGGACAAGAAAGUGUUGGUCACUGUUCCCAGUUGGCACUGUUCAUCAGAAGCAGAGAUUAUUCUCCUAGGGUGAUUAAGGAUUCUGCAGAAGUAUACAAUGUUUGUAGGAUAUAUGAUCACCCUAUGAAACAACCAGAUCAUAGAAGUGAAGAAGAAAAACUUCAAGAUGAAAUACGUUAUCAGUUAAAUAGAUUGGGGUACUUUGACCAAUAUCGAGAGGAGGCCGAAAGCGACUUUGCUUAUGUUCCCUUGGAAGACCUCGUGAGGGAGGUUCGGUCUUCCAUACCUGAAGCUGACACAGAAUCCAUCAGAUGCCAGCUUCCCCCUGAUGACAUCAUAGAAAAGGAUGGUAUUUUCUUUGUUUCUUUUAAUUGUUAUGCACCUUGUGACUCUAGCGAUGAAGAUAAUGACAAUGCUGAGGAUGCUGCUGCUGAAACUGACCGCAAUGUGUUGAGUCCUGAGGCUGAUUCUCAGAGUGCUGCGAGUGAUGAAAGGUGGGAUGUUGAUGACACGCCUCCAAUGUUCCCUGGACCUAGAUAUCUGGCAGACUAUCAUAUGGCCAUGGCAUCAUUUGACAAUGCUGCAAAUUUGAUGCGGGAAAGACAAUCUGAUACGGACAUGUUUCAAGAAGAUUGGACAGAUGUAGAUGUGGAUGACGGUCAUGAUGAAUAUGAUUCCGAGGAAAGUGAGGUUGCUUAUCAGCUUGACUGUGAAUGGCAAUGGAACUCGUUGGAACAUUCUAAACGGUUGUGCACCUCCUGUAAUUCAAGAAGUCAUGUAAGAGCAGGUGAUGCUGAAGCAGGUGUUUCUCAAAGUACCCAACUGAAUGAAGAUAGCGUGUGUUCUACAUCAAGCCCACUAAGUUCCCCUAAUCAAGAAAAUCCAAAUCUCUCAUCCAAACGAGAACCAAUCACAGAUUCUGGUGUUGAUUUAUCACCCCUUCUAAACCCAAACUGUUCUCAAGAUGAGAUUGGAGAUGUAUUUCCAGUUAGUUACAAGUUAGACUUGGGGACCAGCUUACCAAUGAAACCAAAAGAAUUACCAAAGUCCACCUCUGUAGAAGUGUUACAUUUAGAUGGAUCUUGUAGUCUUAAGCGACGUGCAGGCCUGGAAUAUGUUGAAUUUACUCCUUCCACAAGUGUUGCCCUUUGCUACACUGGGCAAACUUAUUGCCACUCUGAUAAAAUUCCUGAAAGUAGUAACAUGUCUUUGAGUUCUGAACGGAAGUCGCUUGAUGGUUCUCUGGUGAGAGAUGGUGUGGACAGUUGUAGUUUAGACUUUGCUGGCGAUAGUGGGUACCCCAACUCCUCAUCCCUGCAUCAUGAUGUUGAUGUGGACAUGACUCCAGAGCAAGUUGAUGACAUUUCAACCGAAAAUGAUGAACGGUCCAAUCAGUCCCUCUCAGAGGAUGAAUUCAGCGAUUCUUCAGACCGCAGACCCGCCUUACCUCGGAGGAUGAUUCAUCCAAGGCACCCAGUCGUCCCAAUAGUGUUUGAAAAUGUUGAAAAUGGCGAUCUUGCCAAUAAUAAUCGGGAUGGUGAGGGGAAUAAUGCUGUGGCUCCGUUGGGUGACGAAAGAGAAUUUGUUGCCAUAGUGCAUGAAGGCAACAUGCAACCAUUGCUUGCAGCUCCUGUUGUGGAUGAUGCUGUCGUACCAAAUGGACCAGAACCAUUCCCCGAUUGGUUUGUGGACUUGUUGAGAAUUGAAGAUGGUGAUCAAGUGCGAGUCCCUAAGGAAGCUGAAGAGGUUGUUGAGCAUGACGAAGGUUUGGGCGACGACUCAAUCUAAUUAAGUAUUGUUCGUUCAAUUAAUUUUUUUUCCUUUGUGAAAACAGUUUUUCUUCAAACUAAAUGAUUGCACAGUUCCUCAGAAUAUCAUGUCAGUAAUUCAACUUGAACUGCAAAUAUUGGUUGUUUUGUUCAAUUCAAUUGCUUCAAAUUUUUACAGAAGUUUUCUCUGUGCCAUAGUUCUGAGCACAAACUUGUUUUCAUUGGUCGCAUUGUUUUUCUUUUUGUAUAUCAUUAGCAGGAAAUUUUGUUGCUCUCAACAAAUCUGCUAUUAAUUUUACCAUAUCAGGAAAAGAGCAUCAAUUAGUUUUGCCCAGGUCUAGUUGCUACAUACGAGGAAAGUCAAUAGUGGAUCACUUGAUUGAUUUGUAGAUAGUGAUCAUUUACCCUUGUAUAGAGAGGAGUAUGAAUGGAAACCAACAAUUAAAAAUGUGAAAGAAAUUCCUCAUGCCAUGACCCUUUACUUAGAGUUUUAAUUGUGACUAGAUCACUCCCAGUUUUUGAGUUUUGUAUAAUCUCCCCACCCUCUUUUUAGUGGUAUUAAAGACUGUUACUCAUUAAGGUAGUAUUCAUCUGUUUCCCUUCAAAAGUGAUCUCUUUUGUUUAUUUUAGUUGAGUUUUAUGUCAUGUGUGUAUGUUGUUUGUAGAGUUGUUGGUGUGAUGUCACUAGACUUACGCUCGUUAAUUUCAAGGGCAAUUUUGUAGCCUACUGAACAAGGCGGUACAAGCCCUUCCAUAAUAAUUGCAUACAGAUUACUUGAGAUAGGUUGUUAUGAAAAUACUUCAAUGGCUCAUUAUCUGAUAAGCCAAAUUUAGUUCCUGAAAAAUGAUCCUAAUAUAACCUGUAAAGGGGUUUGUAUUGAAUGUUCUCAUUUUUAAUUAAAUGUUACACAAUUGUUGGAAGCAUAAAAUCUGUUUAUAACUUUUCAAACAGAAGAACAAACUUUGUCUUAGUUUUGUGUGUGCUCUAGUCUUCAGACUUUUGCUAGAGUAAUUGUAACUGUGACUUAUGAUUUGCUCACUUAAGUAUUUUCGUCGUGUUCACAAAGUUUUCUUUUGUUAUCUUGAGGGAAGUCCAAGUUUAAGUUGAUCUUUGGUUGAAUUGUGAUAUUUAUUGCAUUUGUACCUAUCCUUCCUUCAUUUGAUUUGUAUUGAUCUGCCUGACAGGUAGAUAUCAGAAGUGAUUAGCUCCACUCUCUGUGAUAAUUUUGUUUCUGGGUUGUAGCCUAUGCAUGCUUGAUGUUUGACAAGCUAAAUUGUUGUACCUGUUUAUUUUCUGUGAACACAUUUUACUUAAAACAUGUGCAUUGUUUUUGAAAUUAAUGUGUUCACACAUUUACUUUGUCAAAGUCAAAGGAAGGUAAGAGAGUGAGGUGCAUUUCCAGUGAAAAUAGUUAUUCUUUAAGUCUUUUCCUGAGCAUACAUUUAUCAGUUUUUGUAAGAUUAUGUGCCACAUAUUGCAUGUUGAAAAGUUAUCUUGUUAUUACAUUUGUACAAAUGAAACCAACUCUUAGUUAUGUAUUCUCAUUUCUUAUCCCCUCAUAGGGCAUAAAAGCAACUUGUUCUGCAUCUUUUACUGAGAAAUGCUGUUGGGAUGAGACCUUUUUAAUAUCCCAGAUGCUGAAUGCAAUAACAUGAAAAGUGUGUGUGUUUGUUAGAACCACAUUCUAUGUUCAUUAUGAUCGUUUACUUAAUUUAUCUGCGAUGGAAAGUGUACCAGGUCAGAGUAUAUCACAAUAAAAGAGAUUCUAAGAA